AUGACCCUGAAACCUAUGUUGUCUUCCUUCAUAGUGAGCAUAAGAGUAGAUGAAGCUUUCAGGACCAGGGUUCUAAUAAAACAAGAAAGAAGAAAGCAGAAGGAAUACUUUGAAAAGAAUAAGUUAAAAUCAAAAAUGAAAUCUCUAGGAGUUUGUCCACCUGUCAAGAACCCCACUGCCAGUUUAGACCUUCUUAACCUGUACAUGGUAAAUCAGAUAGCGUCCAAGAAGAAAACACCUGAAACCAUGAAAAGACCAACACAUGUGAAUAUGAAUAGAGACUGGAAAAUUCCACUAAGAAAGCAUGCGUUAGAACUUCCAAUGUCACCUCAUUGUGUACCUUCCAAACUGUGCAUCGAUGACAUGGGGACUAAUGUACCCUAUCAAAGAUUAUGUCGCACAGAAGGAACUGACCCAGGUCAGUUCAGUAACGGAGAUUUUUCUGAUUCCUUAUUUUACAAAUUAAAUAAGCAUCAAGAUAUUUUCAGUUCAUCUGAGAAAAGAGCAGAGUUUGGAGAAUCAUCUGAGAGGAUACACGGUCCAGAAACUGGUGCUUUCCUUACUAAAAGAUCUGUGAUCAUGGGUGAAGAUUGUGGAAGCCUGUGUGAGCGAAGACAACCAGACUUUGCUAUGGAAAAAACAGCGGUGCAACAGAUUUGGAGGAAUGAUGGGAAAGCAUUCUCUAAUUUUUUAGAACAUGUGAUCCCACCAACUCCGAGACAUCCAUCAUCCAAUCACGACGUGGACUCCUUUGUUAGUCCCAAUAUGAUCAAUUUACUAAGCAGAGAUCAGCCAGGGAGAAUGUCAGCCUUUCACAAGUGUGGCUCUGGUAGUUUGAGUGACUCCUGUGUAGAUUUUUCUGAUGAAAGCCGUUACACUGGCGGGUGCAUUAACGGGGAUUUGACAGUUCCUCGGACAGCUUCUCAUAGUCCUCCACUUAGUACAAGUUACUUAGGAACACGUCGGUCAACGAAGCCCUACCAGGAGUACAGUGAUAGUGAAAUAAAUGAAUUUAGAAGCUCGUUUGAGAAAGAUUGUCACCUAACCAGCUGUGGAAGAAAAGAUCUGGAGUCUUCGCAGAGCAGCCAGUCCGCCAGCUACUCUCCACGACUGAUGGAGAGUACAUUCAGCUCGAGUUCUGAUUUGGUAUCUGAAGAUGAAGAUCAAAUCCAGCAGCAAAUUGAAGAUUCAAAUAAGAAAGACACAGAAACAGCUGAUAAUUUUUGUCAAGAAAAGGUGGUAGAUCAUUUGGGUGACAUAAUUGUGGAAGACAAUGUCAAAAUUCAUAAUUUUCAAGAGUCUCCAGUGAAAAAUAAUACUGAUACAUUUCCAGAGUUUCAGUACAAUUCAGAACAUACCUCACAAAACAAAAUCAGUAACAACUGUGUGCUUCAGGCUAGAAGAUGUGAUGUAGGGGUACAGACAGAGAAAGAGCUGGCUAUGGGGGAAACAGCUGAUGUUGCCAUACAGUGUACCAUAAUCUCCCAAUGUUCAUGUAAAAGUAGUCCCAAUGUUCCUGUAAAAGAGGUACCUUCCCUUCAUAAGGCUGGCAGCUACAGUGAAGAUAUAAGGACAGAUACCACUGGAGGGCAGGAAACACUUAAAGAUAACUCAUUCUAA